AUGGUCAUCACUGUCAAGAAAAAAGCAACAUGGACGACAGAGCAUCGGCGGCUUGCAAAAAGUCGUUCUGAUGCAAUGUGGAGGGAUAUUGACGCUGAGCGCACUGCUUACCAGUCGGCAAUCGGGCGCCUGUCUGAAAAAUAUGAUACCUCUGUUGACUGGAUGUCUCAGCAGCUUUUCCUCGGUGGCAAGCUAUUGAAGUCUGGUCGAAAAAAAACCUUAUUCAACGCAUUCGUGAAGAGCGAGAUGCAGAAGUGCAAAGAGAAUGGUACGGUACUGUCAAAGUCAUACUAUCACUUGUUUAAACGGUCUGUUGCAGGUACUUGGAUGGGACGGGAGACAUUAGCUAUUGUGUUGAGAGAGGCAAAAGAAUCAGGCGGAUGGAAGGAGCUCCCACAACAUGAGAUUGACGAUCUUAUGGAAAGUUUAGAAGAUGAUGAUACUUCGGCACCAGUUAAGGUGACAGCACAAAGUGUUGCAGCUGAUAUCAAGGGGACUAUUUCCCACAUUCAACCAGAAUUGCUUGGCCUUGAGAGGCGGACUGGUUGCAAUGUGAUGUGGAUAGUCACACGUGGAAAGGUUAGCGACACAUUCGCUCCUUGGAGCUAUGCCUCUGGAAAUUUGCAGACGGCGUGUCUGCAUCUCCUCAAGACUACAGUUGAAAAGCUGGCCUUACAGACAGAUGCCUAUGUGGUGUCAGGCGCAUCUGGUGUCAGGCGCAUCUGUCAGAAAACGACAGAACUCAAAGCCGAAAUUCGAGAGAUGGUGCGUGAUGGGAUGUACAAAAUUCUUACAGAGAUGGCGGUCCUUCUGGAUGACCUUCCAGCCGUUGCAUACAACGGCUAUGAUGCAUUUGUUGUUAAGUGGGGUAUUGAGCUGACAGGCUGGACCGAAGCUCAAGUCACAAACCCCGGAAACAUAACUUCCUCAGUCGCAUUAUCUCAUCUCCAUUCUGCACUCAAGGAUGGGGAUUGUCAUUGGCGCACACUUUCUUCCUCAGAAUUGAAGUCGAAGGCCGAGGAAUUCAAAAAACACCUUGUUAAUGGCGAGAUCAAGUCUCGUGCCACCCAUUCCAAUAAAGGCACAAAAAAGAAGGCCAGGAUCUCCAUAAACACCAUCAAAAGCCACGAUACCCUCACAGACACUGAUGACGACAACGAUGCCAAUGAAAACAACAGCAGCGACAACAUUGAAACUAGGGCAAGCACAGCCCCGACUGCAGCAGCUAUGGAUUCGGAAGGCAAUACAGUCAACCACGACAUUGUGACGGCCGCCAGCUGUUCAGAUCCCAUGUUUCCUGCAACUCACUUUAGCACAAGCCCCUUCUCAACCCAACUCCCCAUGACACCCAUCAGUGCAAGCCCCUUCCUCACUCCCUCUCAAGCUGCAAAUGUAUCUGAAACGUCCAUGGGCAGCUUUAACGGUUUAGGUUUGGAUGAUCAUUUUCGCUAUUCCCCUUUGCCAGUAGAAGACAGUGGCCUACCCAAUGAGGAAUAUAAUGCCAACAUUGCACAUUUGAUGGGAUUGUUGUAA